UUUUGCAAAGAUAUUAAAGUUAUUGCAAGUUGGAACUGAUGCAAUAAGAAUCUGCUUCGAUAAAUUUUUCCCAAAAGAAGAACUAGAUAAGACUCUGAAAGAAAAUGAAACAGACAUGAGAAGUGGACAAUUCCGAUUCUUACCACCUCAACUGGAGAUUCUCUUCCCAAAGCAAAGUGGAUCCAACACUGGUGUAUCAUCUUUAUCUAUGGACAUUACCAUCAUGUAUAAAUUGUUGAGGAAUUUCUCUGACAUUGAUCCUCCCGGAAAUGGAUGGGGAAAAGAGCCUAGAAUAGUGGACAUCACGGGGAGUGACGACAUAGAAAGAAUUCGAUUGUAUAGAAAUAAAUACAGCCAUGAUCCAGGAAGUAGCCCCGUAAUGAGUGAUGAUCUUUUUAGCAUAAUCUGGGAUGAUCUUUCUAAGGCCAUUCUAAGACUCAGUUGGGAUGUUUUGAAGAGAAGGAUAAAAGAAAUAUAACUAAGUGGAUAAUAAAAAUUCACAAUAUUUACGUGACAACAACAAACAUUUCUAUGAGUGAAAAAGGUCGUCUUCAUGGUGGUACUAGUAUUCGGUUACAUUUACUGUAAAAAAGUGCAAUAUUUUAUGGUGCUGAUGUUUUUUUUUGGGGGGGGGGACAAGAUAUUCAUUUUCAAAUGAAAUAAAAUGUGAAAUACCCUUGAUGGAUAACAGUUCGAUAUUGAAUUUAAAUUUCUUACUAUAAAUGGUAUUUUACAUUUUACGUAUCCCUAGAUUUUAUUAUCUAUAUCUUU